AUGUUUUAUCAAUUGAAUAGCAGUAGUAAUCUAGUAAGCUGGUCUAAAAAUGGACUUAUUUUGUAUGCAGACAAGAGCUCUCCAAAUUCAAAUUUAUGUUUAACUUUUUUAGAAUCAAUUAAUGGUACCAAUUGGAGAUUUCAUGAGCCACAAAGGUACGUUUUACAUGCUGGAUUGUAUGAUAGUUUAGCCAACGGAUCCACACAAUCCAAAUCAAAUGUUGGUAGCACCAAUACUAAUACUACGAGUACGUCAAACAGCACAACAACAGCUUCAUCAUCUGCUACUACCAAUGCAGGGGUUUCUGGUUCAGCCCCCACUUCUACUUUACCCAUGGCUAAUAAUAUAGUUUCUGGACCUCAGCCCAACAAUAACACAGAUCUCAAUGCUACAACUAAUAAUAUGAACAAUGUUCAAUUCUUUUUUGACAUUGAAAAAGUUUACUGGAAUAAUUGGGCUGCGUUACCGGGCGAAACAGCUGCUGUAUUUGAUGAAGUAGGUUCUUUGACGAUGCUAUUAGCAGGAUAUGAUAAAUCAGGUCCUUCUACACUGGAAAAAUUAUCUGUUGUUUUUCAAGAUACUGUUUACAAAAUACAUAACCAAAUUGUUAGUUUAACACCUGUUAAUACCGAAAAUGCUUCCAGCAACAGCAGUACGUGCACUUCCAUCAAUGGUGGUACCAGUAAUUUAGAAAGAAAACAUACCAAGAAAGAGUAUAGCAGUUCUAUACUAGAUUUUCAAUGGAUUGGUAGUCAAAAACAAGUUAUGUCCUCGCAUUUAAAUUUGGAACAGAUCAAUAGUAACAAAAACAAGGAUAUAAACAACUCUUUUACAGAUAAUGAUGGGAUAACAAAAUUAAAUUUCACCACCUGUCCGUUAUUUGGUGUUUUUCAUCCCCAAUUUAUCAAGUCUGCUUGCGUUGGUAUUCGAAGAAGCGGACAAUUAGACUUUUGGUACCAAUUUUCAAAUUCUAAGGAACAUAAGAAAAUAAGCGUUCAAGUUAAUCCCAAUUUUUGUAUGGAAAAUAAUUGGUUAGAUUUUGCACAAUUGGCACAUUGUGCUGAAAAUAAUUGCUUUUUAAUCUCCACAUAUUGUAAAAAAUUAAAGACAUUUUCCAUUUUCAAACUUUCCAUCAAUUGGAACGCCCAACAACAGCAAAUGCAACAGCAAGGCAAUAAUUCAACAUUUUUAAAUGACCCUCUGCUGUUCAUUGAACAUCUAUUUGAUUUUUCCCCAGAUAUUUUCGAAAAAGAAGAGAAUAAUGACUUAAUGGAGUUAGCUAAGUACGUUUUGUUGUCAAGAACUUGUGAGCCAGAAAGCGAUACAGAAAUUUUACUUGGGUAUGAAAUAAUAGGGAAGAACAAGUAUAUAGUUAAAAGGUAUAAAUUGGAAAAAAAAGUUCCAUCAACUGAUUUUUCCACUAUUUUGUUAGGAAGCUAUUUGAACAAUCCAAUAGAGUCCUAUCAACUAAAACAUUUGGGUGACAUAGUGUUCGAAGAUACCAUAGAAGACAUCACCUCCUACCAAAUCCAAGACCAAGUAAUGUUUCGAUUGUCAAAUGGGAAAGUCAGAAUUUUUAGAAGAACCACUUGGAAAGAAUUAACGUAUCAUGAAGAGAUUAUAUCUGAUCAAGUUUCUCCAUUGGAAGUUGGGUUUAGCUUUUCAACAUUGCCUGGGAACAUUGAAUGGUGUUCCUUGUCCCCCCUAGGUGCAGGCUUAAUUUAUAAAACUUAUAAUAAUAAUAAUAAUAAUAAUAAUAAUAAUAAUAAUAAUAAUAAUAAACAGAUUUUUUUCCAGCCAUAUGGUUCCAACACACAAAGCGAACAGGAGUUAAUUAAACAGCCAGCAAACUUGCAAAAGGUGUUAAAUGCGUUAUCGUAUACUUUUGUGUCCAGUACACAUAAGGCCUGUAUGGGGGAGGAUAUAUCUAUUGCCAUUAAACAGUUUUUGGUUAAAACGUGCAACGAUACUUUACCCAAGGAUGAUAUUAUAUUAAAAAUUAUUAAAGCUUGUUAUAAGCUUUUUGGGUUUCACCCUGACGCUCCUCGAGAAAUACUGGAAAAGAUUAUUGUUACUAAGCCGAUGCAGAAAUUAGUUUUAUUGCAGUUAGAACUAGGGAGUAGUUUCCAAGGAAAUAGCAAUGUGUAUAGCAUGGCAAGGUGUUGUAUAUCUUUGAGAGAUGUACUAUUUGCAUUUAGCACGGUUUGUAGAAAUGUCCAAAUGAUGAUUCAACACUCUGCAACAAUGAAUGGACAAAACACAAGUGCAGCCAAAUUAUUUCAAUUUUCAUUUAGUAAACAGGAUUUAAUAUUUUCUUUGAUACCAAUAGCUAAGUGGUUUGUUAAAUUUAUAAAUUUUUUGCUUCAGCAAUCUAUAAUAUUAGUAAACAAUCCUAAGGACAAACAAGACAAUUUGGUUUUAGGAGUAUUAGGUGCUAAAGUCACUAGAAUUUUAAUUCUUUCAAUACUAAAUGAAAUAAGAAAAAUCAAUCAGUUAAUAACAAAAUUUACAGAAACAGGUUUGCCCGCUUUAAAUGAUUCUUCAAUUAUAUUGAGAAAAGUAUUGGAUGAAUCGCCAAUAGACUUUGAGAAAUUUGAAUCACAUCUAACCGAUAUUGGUAAUGAAAUAUCCAGUUUAAGUACUAAUAUCGGUAACAAUGAUGCCAGCGCUCUUAAAGCCAAUUUGGAACGUGAGCCAUACAUGAUAGUUAAAGGCGACAUACCCGCUGAAUUUGAUUCAAAUAUUAAACAGUUUUUAUUAGGUUAUUUUCGAAACAGCAUAUUGUCCAACCUAAAUAUUUCUAAAAUAUAUUUCAACGAUACAGGUGGUUUAAAGCUAUAUGCAGAAGAAUAUUACAAAUCCAAAUAUUUCCACUUAUUACAGCCAUUGGAUAAGGGGUUAUUGUUUUUUGAUAAUGAUGAGAAAUGUCGCUCAUCUCAAGAGUUUACAUGUUUGGAAAUAGAUGAUGUUACCAAAGAACCAUUGGAUAAUGCAAAGAACAAUAGUAAUACUGGUGAAAUUACAAAAAAAUAUAAGAGAUGUGUAAGAUGUGGUUCUGUUACUUUAGCUGGGUAUAUUAUACCAUCAGAUAAAACGGUUGUUGAUACUAAAAUAUCCACAAGAAGAUGGUGCAGUGUGUUUUCAAGACUUUGUAUAUGUUCUGGGAUGUUACAUGAAAUGUGA